CCUGAAUAGGGACGCAAAGCUGAAUGACACAAGCUCUCAAGCGGAGUCCCCACGCACACGCAAAUCAUAGGCGUCCAAAGCCUGCGGGAUCGCACAUGGACGCAUGACCACCGCGUUUCCGUCGCGUAUCUCCAUUACCGGGACAGGUCUGACAUUUUGGCUGCAAUUAUUUAUUCACGUUGUUGAAUGGGGGUGUAAGUGCAGUUGGAAUAGAUCGUAAACGUUUUCUCUUCCGUCUUUCGGUUGCUGUAAAUGUUCACUGCGCUGACAAAACCGUGGAAAGCACUGCCUUUCCCCAUAAACUAUUUCAACUUCUCAUGAGAGAUUGCAGCUAGUGGAGACGCGAUUUUGUUGGCCGACUGCGCCUUGGUGGCCGCCUUCUGCUGUAGGAAAGACAUUUUGCUUCUACGGAGACUUUUGUGCCUGAAACUCUUUCCCAUGGUUGCAGUCCCUGUGUCUGAAAAGGGGCGUAAGCGAGUACCAUAUGCGGAGAUCAAGCAUUCCUGUCCGUGCAGGCUCCAGAGCGCAAUGGGCUACACAAUGAUCAGUGGCUCCUUGAAGUUGAAUUAACCCCGCUACCCAGCUCGGAAUCGGGUGCAUUUAUCACAAUACUGGAAAUAUCUCAUUGCCUGCCAUUCGCACGAAAGGUAACAGAAUACAAACGCAUCUGUUGCUCGGAGAAAAGGGGGCAUUCGGAAUACAAUCAAAUGAAGUGGAACACUUUCUUACCGGGGAUUGAUGAGGCUCAAGUUCAACGAAUUUUGCAGGUACAUCACAAUAGAAGGUGUAGGUGUAGCCAUUCAGUCAGUUUUUAUUGCCUUGUCUGAAAUAAUUGUGCGGUCUUUUCAUGUGUGUAGUGGAUUCUGAAGGUGUUCGCUCACGGUAACAGUGCGCUAUUGUAUACCACCAUUAUGGCAAACGAGAAUCCAUAUGACAACCGUGAUAUUGUACAAAACUACAUCUAUCACAAACUUCUUAAGAAGGGAUACGUUUGGGAAUUCAACAAUGUCGCCGAAAUGGACUCCCCAGAGGAGGAUGGAUUAGAGGACCACCCCGAAGUUUACCCCCGGAGACUGCAGGCAGACGCGGCUGAAGACAACCCCGACUGCCCGGUGGCCCCGCUGCUCCCCCAGCCAGACACACACGCCCGGCUCAACCGGGUCCUCCGCGAAGCAGGGGACGAGAUAGAACGGAUGUACCAGCGCGACUUCGCGGCCAUGGGGGACCGCUUACACUUCACCCCGGGCACGGCGCAGAGGAAAUUCACCGCCGUGGCCGAGGAGCUGUUCAGCGACGGGGUGAACUGGGGUCGGAUCGUUGCGUUUUUCGAGUUUGGAGGGACCAUGUGCGUGGAGAGCGUCAGCCGGCAGAUGGUGCCCCAGGUGGACCUCAUAGCCCACUGGAUGACGGAGUAUCUAGACGGGCCACUUCACAACUGGAUUGAGGAGAACGGUGGAUGGGAUGGCUUCAUGGAGUUGUAUGGUCAGCCCCAGGGCAUGGUACCUCCCUCCUGGCCUUACCUGAAGACGGUGCUGGGCAUGGCAGCUCUGGGGGCAGCCGGAGUCACCAUCGGAGCUCUCUUCACCCAGAAGUGAUGGAUAGAUGGACAGAUGAACUGAUGGAUGGAAGGAUGGAGGGAUACAUGGAGGGAUGUAUGGAUGGAAAGAUGUAUGGAUAGAUGGACAGAUGAACUCAAUGGAUGGAAGGAUGGAGGGAUACAGUAGAUGAAUGGAUGGAAAGAUGUAUGGAUCUUGCAUGGACAGAUAAACUGAUGGAUGGAUUGGUAGAGAGAUAGACGGAUGGAUAGAUGGAUAAAUGGAUACAGGGAUGGAUUGAUCAACACACGAUUGAUGGAUGGAUGGAUGGAUGGACGGACGGACGGACGGACUCUCAUCUUUUCAUCUCCUGCUUGUCAUCGGCUUUCCAACAUGUGUCUUGAAAGGCUGGACCUCUUCAAAGUUUCUCUGUGUGGGGACUUGAUGCUGCCCUUCUGGACUUCAGAGAUCCCUCGUACUCACUGAGAAUAUCACCCCACCCUCUCUCUCUCUCUCUCUCUCUCUCUCUCUCUCUCUCUCUCUCUCUCUCUCUCUCUCUCUCUCUCUCUCUCUCUCUCUCUCUCUCUUUCUCUCUCUCUUUACGCAUACACAUAACUCUUGCAGUAGGAAAAGGAGCACGCA